GAAAGUAAAAUGGGUGAGUUGCCCUUAGAUAUCAACAUUCAGGAACCCCGCUGGGAUCAAAGCACAUUCCUGGGCAGAGCCAGACACUUCUUCACUGUUACUGACCCCCGAAAUUUGCUGCUAUCUGGGGCACAGCUGGAAGCUUCCCGGAACAUCGUGCAGAACUACAGGGCCGGCGUGGUGACUCCAGGGCUCACUGAAGAUCAGCUGUGGAGGGCCAAGUAUGUGUAUGAUUCAGCCUUCCAUCCGGACACAGGGGAAAAGGUGGUCCUUAUUGGCCGCAUGUCAGCGCAGGUUCCCAUGAACAUGACCAUCACUGGCUGCAUGCUCACCUUCUACAGGAAGACCCCAACCGUGGUGUUCUGGCAGUGGGUGAACCAGUCCUUCAAUGCUGUCGUUAACUACUCAAAUCGAAGUGGCGAUACUCCCAUCACUGUGGGGCAGCUGGGAACAGCUUACGUGAGUGCCACCACUGGGGCUGUGGCCACAGCCCUGGGACUCAAAUCCCUCACCAAGCACCUGCCCCCUUUGGUUGGCAGAUUUGUGCCCUUUGCAGCUGUGGCAGCUGCAAAUUGCAUCAACAUCCCUCUGAUGAGGCAAAGGGAGCUGCAGGUGGGCAUCCCUGUGACUGACGAGGCAGGUCAGAGGCUUGGCCACUCAGUGACUGCAGCCAAGCAGGGAAUCUUCCAGGUGGUGAUAUCGAGAAUCUGCAUGGCGAUUCCUGCCAUGGCCAUUCCCCCUGUGAUCAUGGACACUUUGGAGAAGAAAGACUUCCUGAAGCGCCGCCCCUGGCUGGGGGCACCCCUGCAGGUGGGACUGGUGGGCUUCUGCCUGGUAUUCGCCACCCCCCUGUGCUGUGCCCUUUUCCCCCAGAGAAGCUCCAUACAUGUGAGCAGGCUGGAGCCAGAGCUGAGAGCUCAGAUCCGUCAGCAAAAUGCCAGCAUCGAAGUGGUUUACUACAACAAAGGGCUCUGAGGGAGAGUGAGCCCUGGUCCCUCCCUCACUUCCUUGGGCUGCUCCACUGGUGGAGCCUUGCCAUCCUGCUACUUUCUCUUCUGCCUGGUAUGGGGCAGGGGGCUUGGUAUGGAGCAGCCAUUGAGACCAGCAAUCCCACUAGGCUGAGGGAGGUACUCCAAUAAGCUUUUUUCUCUCCUCUUUGAUUCCAAAGAGCAGGGCCACAUAAUCCCUUUCUCCUGUGCUAGUGCGUCUUCGUAUAUGCAUAAGUGAUAUGUGUGUACAUGCUGUCCUGGAAGCUAGAAGCAGACAUGCUGUCCUGGGAUAUCCUGAUAUCUGGCUUCUCCUCUUGGCCUCCUGUCACCUGUCAGCCAGCCAGGCUAUGGGGCUUAAGACAGUUCCUCUGGUUAAGCCAUUUCCGACAGCACCUCACUCCUUCUGGAUAUAGGAGAAGCCCCAGGAUCUCAGGACUAAGGGACACUCGCAAACCAAACUGGGCUGAGUCCUUCAGAUUUCUGCUUCCUGGCUCCCAAAGCUGAGCCGGGAACUGGGCUGGUAGAGGAAGACAUGCCAGGUUAAGGGAGGCAGGGGCUUAUACUGUCCCCCACAUCCUGGAAUAGAUCAUUUCCUCUCUGCUUCUCUACCAGAACAAAGGAAUGUCAGUAUCCUGUACUGCUCUUGCCAUCUUCCCAUUCCCUCUCCACUGCCAUGUGGGCACCUUCAGGCAUAAUCCAGGUAGUUCUUGGUCCACUCUGACAUUAUAACCUCAUAUCUAACCUACAACUCCAAGCAAGAAGCCGCCAAGGCAGAGAAGCAUUCCUCUUUCAGGGCUCCCAUGGCGCCCCCUUCCGGAGGGACACAGCUGUGGGAGCAGUGCUUAAACUCCACAGGUACCUGAAUGGGUGUAACUAGUACACCCUCAAGGGCAACUAAGGCCACAAAUGUACAAUCUUAAGACAGAGAAUUUUGUGUUCCUUUGACCCUUGUUAAACAUUUAGCCGAACCCCUCACCUCAGCCUCCUUUUCUUUCUUGAGGCUUGGCCCCGCUCCCAUCCUCACCCCCAAGAGGAGGAGGGGCCCGGGCAUCAGUGGCUGGUCCAAAGGGGAAGUGGGCUUGGGGAUGGAGUGUGUGCUGGUAAACUAAGAGUACAGAGGUGGACCUUGAUUCCCACUCCUAUGACCUCUGGGCAAAGCAGUGGGGUGAAGUUCCCAGCAGGAUCCCCUAAGAGCACUUUCCUGUUCCCCCAACCAGCAGCCAUCAAUAAUAAAAGCUAUGAUGCCAUCGUUACUCAAUAAACUGAAAACUUGGCUACUUCUUGAUCUUCACUUGAUUCCAGGUCCUGAGUGCCCAGGAAGAGCCUCCUGUCUGUGGCCUCUCCCCUUCCCACACUGUCCAGGUCCUAGUCUCUUCCUCCCCUGCUAUAGGGAGCCUCGGCUCCCAGUAGAGGGUGCUCUGACAUUAGAAAACCAGUUUUCCAUCAGCAGCACCUUGCGUACUAAAGGAGAGGGAAUGCAGGUAGGUAGAUGCCUCCACCUUCUAUUCCCUCAGCAGGUGGAGUCCUGGCUUCAUUUCCUUCUUCACCAGGAUUGCUAAUCACACACUUACAUACCUACUCAGGCUCUGGGCUUCUUGGUUCCCUUCAGGCAUUUGGCAUGGGGUGGUAGUAUCUGGUCCUCAGGGAGGCCCCUGCAUAGAGGAAGAGCUAGAGAACU